CAGCCAAACCAUGGAACACACGGCUAGCUCUACCCACUUGCAGUCCCAGCUCCCAAGCACCUAAAUCCAGAUAACUCUAACCCCCUCGCCGCUUCCUGAACCCCCCCUCCCCCCCUCCAGCUUCUUCCCCCUCCUCGAUUCCGAACCCCGCGGUCACCACCGACCGGAGCGUCGGGCGAAGAACCAUGGCGUCUUGCUCCCACCCUUGGUUCUUCCCAGGCAUGUCGACGCCGCCGGCUGCCUCCACCGCCGCGCCGGUUCCGAGAUUCUGCAAGUCCUCGAAGGUGUUUGCUAGUUUGCGUCAGCGGAGAAAGGCAGGGUCAGUCGCGCCGACCAGAACGCGGAGGUGCACGAUCAGGUGCGUCAAGGAUGAGUCUAUCCAUUUUGAUCCGUCGAAGAUUGAAGCGCCGCCGUACUCCAGUUACUUCGACUCCACGUCUGGUCAGCUCGAGCCGGCGUCAGGCGCCCGGGCAAGCAUACCUGGGCAGGAGUACUGGCCGGAGGGCACUGCAGCCCGCGCCCGUGCUGCCCGUGCACCUGCACCGGUCGGGGAGUCGGCCGGGACUCCGUCUCUUGGCAAGAAACCCGGGAGUAGGAGGAAAGGGUACAAGGAGCAGGUAGCAUCGGCAUCAGCGGCGGGCGGUGCGGAGACCAGUGGAGAUGACGGCGAGUUCAUUGUGGCCACUGAGGUUCCUCUAGAUGAUACAUUGGAUGAAACAAAUGAUUCGCUGGAUGAAUAUGUCAUUUACGAGGCGCCCAAGGAGGAGAGUUUGAGUGAGUAUGAGAUGGACAAGUUGAUGGGACGGCCACAUCCAUUUGUGGACCCAGCAAAGGCGAUGUUGGCAGGGGAACCGAAAUCGAGCGAGGAGCUCUGGUGGAAUUGGAGGAGGAAGUCUGAGACAGAAAUGUGGUCAAGAUGGCAGAGGAGGCGCCCAGAUGUUGACACGGUCUUUGCAAAGGCAAUGGCCGAAACUGGGCAGAUUAAAAUAUUUGGAGAUCACCCUACAAGAACAGAAGCUGCUCUUGCCAAGACAAGAAGACAUUUGCACAAAGAGGAAAGGUUAGAAGCAGAACAGAGGAGACUAGAAGAAAUAGGACCAAUAGCAUACUAUUCAGAAUGGGUAGAAGCAUAUAAACAAAAGGACACAUCAUGGGAAGCCAUUCAGAAGCACUUUGAGGAGACUGGUGAAGAUGAGAAUACUCAACUUAUAACAAUGUUUCAACACCAAACUGCUGGGGAAUACCGUAUCAUGAUGGGCACUGAUGUUCGUAUACAACGAGAUCCUUUGGCAAUGCGGAUGCGUGAAGACCAGAUUAAACAGAUUUGGGGUGGUGAUCCUGUUUACCCAACUGUGAACUACGUCCAGGAUCCUGAUAAAGUGAUUGACUACAGGAGUCCGGAAUUUCAUGAGCCUACCCCUGAAGUUGUACCUUAUAUGAUGGAGCAUGGGAUAAUGGUCACGAAGGAACAACUGGAUGCACGUUUGAUGGAAGAGGACGAAGACUUCAAUCAAGACAUCAUGUACAUUCCUGAAGUCAAAGAUCCCAUGGCUACUGCUGUUGAUAUUGGAGAACAUUCUUUCAAUGAAGAUAGUGAUGAUGAGGAGGAGGUUGACAAAGCUGUCGCACUGCCCGAGUCACUAGAGGAUGAGGAAGAUGGCGGGGAUGAGGCUGUGGAAGUUGAAGGGAAAGUGAAUCAGAACUGGAGUGUUCUAAAGACUACUGGGCAGGACGAAAAACCAAAGGAAAAGUUAAAGAAAGAUCAGAUGACACUUAAAGAUGCUAUUAAUGAGUCUGAGAACCUUACUGAUUUCCUUAUGGACUUUGAAGAAGAUGAGUGAUAUUGUAGGUUUUUAUCUUCUGUUGUGCGCAUGACACAAGUGCAGUCAUAUUUUUGGAGGACUUACUUCUGGUGGUCCAUAGCCGCUAGGGGCGAUGAAGACGACUGGAUGCCCACAAAACUCCACCUGUUCGACCGGGCCAGUCAUGUUGGCGAACGAUAUGGUGGUAUGGGAGAUCAUACGAUGGAAGAUAGCUGCAGCUGCCUGUUCGCAUCAGAUGUGGCAACGCCGUUAGAAACAAGAACCCCAAAUGGCUCAAAAUUUGAGUCAAGGUCUUUAGAAAACAAUAACGCCGUUAGAAACAAGAACCCAAAAUGGCUCAAAUUUCGAGUGCAGUGGUCUCUUUAGAAAACAAGAAAGUUAAGAGGCGGCACUGGUCUUGUACUCUGAGAAUUAGCCGUCCAACAUUUCUCUUGGAUAGCUAAAUGUUUAGCACUUAGCACUGUGAUACAGAGGACCAAAAUGUUACCUUCAGUCCAAACACUUUGAGGAUCA